GACACUCAAGGAUCAAAGUGCGUUUCAACAGCAACUUCACUAGCCGUCAAGUGUUCGUUGAGGAUGCUCGAAAUAUUAUUGUUGUAACACUACUUUUCGAGUCCUCGCUUUUCAAUUCCACACGAAAAAUAACACUCGGGGAAAAUCGUAGAGCUCGUAACAGUGAAAACUAAACAUACACUGUUUAUUCUAAAUUCAUCCACAAAUAUUUUUGUAUGUGCUGUGAAGUGAUAGUUUGAUCAGUGGUUCGAGGACAGUGAUUUUUUUUAUUAAACAGUGUCAGAAAUAUUAAAUUUUUUUUAGACACACUAGUGUAGUUAAAAAAUUAAUAUAUUGACUCUUUAUCAGAGAUUUUUAACAAUGAGUGAUAAAAGUAAAAUAUUACCCUGGCACUUAUUGCCCUACCCGGCAAACAUUCUUAACCAUUGGUACAACCAGAUAGCUUUAAACUCAAGAUUUUUUGAGAGUAUUAAAACACCAGUGGCUUCCAGAACGAGCUCCGGGUUCCAUAUCAGUGAUAUUUUGGAGUUAAAUGAAGCCAAACCGACGGCACAAGACGACAAUCAUGCGACAACAAUCCUUCCAAACAAUGAUGUAUCAUUGACUUACCAACAACUUUUGGAACACGCAGUCCAACAUGGAAACCUGAGAAAUUCGUUACCACCCCCGCCGCCUCCUACAACGCUACCACCACCAGGACUUCUAGGAUGGCCGACGGGACCAAUCCUGCCGGUGUCAGUGCCCCAAACAUUAGCCGAAAUGACUGUUCACCAACAGCAGCAACAACAGCAACAACAGCCCGAUUCAACCAGUCCAACAAUAUCGGACCUAUCAUUUCCCUCGUCACAGCAAGACAACGGGAACGACUCCUCCAAAGAUGAAGAACAAGACUUCGAAGAAACGGAAGAACCCACUGAUGACCAUGAUCACGAUAACGACCACGACCACAACGACGACAAAUCAUCAUCGCGAACCCACGACCUGAGUGACCACCACUCUGGUCAUUGCGGGAAGAAACAAAGAAAGCGCAGGGUUCUGUUCUCAAAAGCCCAGACCUACGAACUGGAAAGAAGAUUUCGUCAACAGAGGUACCUUAGUGCUCCAGAACGGGAACAUCUCGCUUCAAUUAUCCAGCUUACCCCGACCCAAGUGAAAAUUUGGUUCCAGAACCACAGGUAUAAAACGAAACGCGCCCAAAAUGAACGCGUUGAAGCGGGCGCCAGUGGGUGCUCGCCCCGGCGAGUUGCGGUACCUGUUCUUGUGAGGGAUGGAAAACCCUGUCAGUCAAAAUUAGUCGAGUCGACGUAUUCGGGAGGUGCCCAGGUAAUGGCCUCCCCGUAUAUGCAAAAACCAUUUUGGUGGUGAAAUUAUGUUGUUUUAUAAAUUAUUUAUUUUUAUCGAGGAUUCAAUAUUGGUGAAUAUAUUUUAUUUCCGGUGGUGCAAAAUAAUUAAAGAUGUAGUUUUUGUAGCGAGGUUUUGUUGUUAAAUAUUUAAAUUAUUUUAUACUAAAGAUUUUUUUCCUUAACUCUUCUUUCAAGUGAUCUCGGUACUUUUAGCUUCAUUACGUCCCUAGUAGAUUUUUUUU